AACUGUAUAAAUACGAAGUUACAACAUCGGUCGACAGGGGCUUGGAUGCGAUUUGCUUCCAGUCGGCUGUGGUGACCGGGUCUGUAAGAGUUAGAAGACUCACAACUUUAAAACUUUUGUGGAGACAAACGUGAGACUAUUUCGUUGUGAAUAUGGGGGUCGGGGAUGGACGUGACCAGUAUGAGUUGGCGGCGACGUCAGAGCAAGGUGGGGAGUCGAAGAAGAAGAAAAAGAAGGAUAAGAAAGAGAAGGACAUGAAUGAGCUGAAAAAGGAAGUUGAUAUGGAUGAUCAUAAGCUGACCCUGGACGAGCUCCAUCGUAAAUAUGGCACUGACCUGAGCAAGGGUCUGACUAAUCUGCGGGCUGCGGAGAUCCUGAUUCGUGACGGGCCCAAUGCCCUGACCCCGCCCCCCACCACCCCGGAGUGGGUGAAGUUCUGUAAGCAGAUGUUCGGAGGCUUCUCCAUGCUGCUGUGGACCGGAGCCCUUCUCUGCUUCCUGGCCUAUGGAAUCCAGGCAGCCAUGGAGGAUGAGCCCGCCAAUGACAACUUGUAUCUUGGCGUCGUGUUGUCUGCUGUGGUCAUCAUCACUGGCUGUUUCUCCUACUACCAAGAGGCCAAGAGCUCCAAGAUCAUGGACUCCUUCAAAAACAUGGUUCCACAGCAAGCCCUGGUGGUGAGGGACGGAGAGAAGAAGCAGAUCAAUGCUGAGGAGGUGGUGGUUGGGGACCUGGUGGAGGUGAAGGGAGGAGACCGCAUCCCCGCGGACGUGCGCAUUAUCGCCGCUCACGGCUGCAAGGUGGACAACUCUUCUCUGACAGGUGAAUCUGAACCGCAGACGAGAUCUCCAGACUUCUCCAAUGACAACCCCCUCGAGACCAGGAACGUUGCCUUUUUCUCCACCAACUGUGUGGAAGGAACUGCCCGCGGUAUUGUCAUCAGCACCGGCGACAAGACCGUGAUGGGCCGUAUCGCUACCCUGGCCUCUGGCCUUGAGGUGGGCCAGACGCCCAUCUCCAGAGAGAUCGAGCACUUCAUCCACAUCAUCACCGGCGUGGCCGUCUUCCUGGGCAUCUCCUUCUUCAUCCUCUCCAUCAUCCUGGGCUACUCCUGGCUGGAGGCCGUCAUCUUCCUCAUCGGCAUCAUCGUGGCCAACGUGCCCGAGGGACUGCUUGCCACCGUCACUGUAUGCCUCACCUUGACGGCCAAGCGCAUGGCCAAGAAGAACUGCCUGGUGAAGAACCUUGAAGCCGUGGAGACACUGGGCUCUACCUCCACUAUCUGCUCGGACAAGACUGGCACCUUGACCCAGAACCGCAUGACGGUGGCCCACAUGUGGUUCGACAACCAGAUCCACGAGGCCGACACCACGGAGAACCAGACCGGGACCGCUUUCGACCGCAGCUCUUCCACCUGGAGCUCGCUGGCCCGCAUCGCUGGGCUCUGUAACCGAGCCGUCUUCCUCGCCGAACAGACCGACGUUCCCAUCCUCAAGAGGGACGUGGCCGGGGACGCGUCCGAGUCGGCUCUGCUGAAGUGCAUCGAGCUGUGCUGUGGAUCUGUCAAAGAAAUGAGACAGAAGUACCCAAAGUGCACAGAGAUCCCUUUCAACUCUACCAACAAAUAUCAGCUGUCGGUUCAUAAGAACCCCAACGCCGCCACCGAGUCCAUCCACCUGCUGGUGAUGAAGGGGGCGCCCGAGAGGAUCCUGGACCGCUGCUCCACCAUCAUGGUCCAGGGCAAGGAGCAGGAGAUGGACGAUGAGAUGAGAGACUCCUUCCAGAAUGCCUACCUGGAGCUCGGGGGCCUCGGAGAGAGAGUGCUGGGCUUCUGUCACUUGAACCUGCCUGAUGACCAGUUUCCUAAGGGCUUCCAGUUUGACACCGAAGAGGUUAACUUCCCCACGGAAAACCUGUGCUUCGUGGGACUCAUGUCCAUGAUUGACCCUCCGCGUGCCGCCGUGCCCGAUGCUGUGGGGAAAUGCAGGAGUGCUGGGAUCAAGGUUAUCAUGGUGACGGGAGAUCAUCCAAUCACUGCAAAGGCCAUCGCCAAGGGUGUGGGCAUCAUCUCUGAAGGCAACGAAACUGUGGAGGACAUUGCGGCUCGUCUUAACAUUCCUGUCAAUGAAGUUAACCCCAGAGAUGCCAAGGCUUGCGUGGUCCACGGCGGGGAUCUGAAGGACAUGUACUGCGAGCAGCUGGACGACAUCCUGAAGUACCACACCGAGAUCGUCUUCGCCAGGACCUCCCCCCAGCAGAAGCUCAUCAUCGUAGAAGGCUGCCAGCGCCAGGGUGCCAUCGUGGCGGUGACGGGUGAUGGUGUGAACGACUCCCCGGCCCUGAAGAAGGCUGACAUCGGUGUUGCUAUGGGCAUCUCUGGCUCUGACGUAUCCAAGCAGGCGGCUGACAUGAUCCUCCUGGAUGACAACUUUGCCUCCAUUGUGACUGGAGUGGAAGAAGGCCGUCUGAUUUUCGACAACCUGAAGAAGUCCAUCGCCUAUACUCUGACCAGCAACAUCCCCGAGAUCACUCCCUUCCUCUUCUUCAUCAUCGCUAACAUCCCUCUGCCCCUCGGCACGGUCACCAUCCUGUGCAUUGAUCUGGGCACGGACAUGGUCCCCGCUAUUUCUCUGGCCUAUGAGGCUGCUGAGAGUGACAUCAUGAAGAGGCAACCCAGGAACCCCAAGACUGACAAACUGGUGAACGAGAGGCUCAUCAGCAUAGCAUAUGGCCAGAUUGGUAUGAUCCAAGCUCUGGCAGGAUUCUUCGCGUAUUUCGUCAUCCUUGCUGAAAAUGGCUUCCUGCCCGCAACAUUACUGGGUAUCCGUGUUGACUGGGACAACAAAAACUGCAACGAUCUGCAGGAUAGCUAUGGGCAGCAGUGGACCUAUGAGCAGAGGAAGAUUGUGGAGUUCACUUGCCACACAGGAUUCUUCUCCAGUAUUGUGAUCGUGCAGUGGGCUGACCUGAUCGUCUGCAAGACCAGGAGAAACUCUGUGUUCCAGCAAGGAAUGAAAAAUAAGAUCCUGAUCUUCGGCCUGUUUGAGGAGACAGCCUUGGCCGCUUUCCUCUCCUACUGCCCUGGCAUGGACAUCGCCCUCAGAAUGUACCCACUCAAGAUCAACUGGUGGUUCUGUGCCCUGCCUUAUUCCCUCCUCAUCUUCAUCUAUGACGAGAUGAGGAAGCUCAUCCUCAGACGGAACCCAGGGGGUUGGGUGGAGAGGGAGACGUACUAUUAAAGUGUCCCGUUGAACUGCAGUUGGAGUUGUUUUCAUUUUGCGGCAUGGUAGCUAUGCUGCUCUGACACUUAACCUCUGUACUGUAUAUUUGGACCUUGUGUUUUAUAUAGGGAAUGCUUGAAACUCACUCACACAAAUACACACACAUAUACACACGCUAUCACACAAAUACACACACACACACACACACAAAUAAAAACGUGCACACACACACACACAUAAAAACGUGCGCACACACAGUUCUCGAAUAAAUUCAUGCAGACCAGUCGUCACACCUAAGAUUGUGGAAGCGUGUUGUGCCUUUGUUUUAUGAGCAGAACAAAUUUUAUAUGUGUUUUUAACUGUGUAAUACAAAUAAACUCAAAUCGUCCUGUCCCACUAA